AUGUUCCCUUAUGUUUUCGCGCUGGCUCUACUAAUUAAACCAUACCCUUGUUUUAAUUUAUCCGGUCGUGUUUUCAAAAGGUCUUUUGCUCCCUUUUCUAGGUGUUUUUCUAACACAUUGGAAUCUUAUCCCAGGACUCCUCCUUCUGAGUACGCUUUUUUCACUGGGAACAAGGUUCUCAUUGAUAACUCCAACCUUUCCGAGUACUCGUCUUCCAUUGACCAUCUCCUUGAUACCAAACUCAUUGGAUUUGACUUGGAACACGUCCCUGAUUAUUACACCUUCGUCAAUUCUUCUUCUAGGAAGUGCAAGCCUUCCAUUGUUCAGAUUUGCGGCGAUUCCGUCUGUUUCAUUUACCUGCUGUACAAGAUCGGCCAUGUUCCUGAGUCUCUUUCUCGUAUUUUAGACAGCAAGGACAUGCUGAAGGUAGCCCACGGCGCUCCUUCCGACAUGCGACUUAUGUUUCGUCACUACGGCACUCGUUGCAGAAACUUUGUUGACUUGAUCGACUUGUGCUCUCGAAACAACAUUUCUCCUGCCAGCUUAAAAAACGCCACUGAGUCCGUCUUAAAGUUGAAGCUGUGCAAGAAGCAGCAGUGUUCCAACUGGGAGGCUGAGGAACUAAACAGCGACCAGAUCUCCUACGCCUCCACUGACGCUUGGGUUGCCAGGGAAAUAUUCCUCAGACUAGGUCCAUCCAAACUAAACCGUUUAUUUGUCAAUAGUGACGGCGAUAUUGAGACUGAAUAG